CCAAGCGUUGCGGGGUAGCUGGUUUGUUUCUCCCAAGAUUGCAGCUAGAAUUACUUCCCACUGGCUUGGCAUCCUCAAUGCAAUUAUCUUCCUACAUCCCUUCCGUGCGUGGCAUUGCGAAAUUCUCAGCAUGCCUAUCUAUUGUUGGCCUUACCGCAGUUGCUGUUGGGCUGUAUUUCGGGCAGACGUACCUUAUUUAUCCUGCUUACCUUCCUCCUAGGUCUCGAGAGGAGGUUUCGACUCCUGCCGACUAUGAAAUCCCUUAUGAUGACCUGGAGCUUGAAUCUGCUGACGGAACAAGGGUUAAGGCCUAUCUUAUCAAGCAGAGAAAGGUGUUUGUAGGACAUAAUGCUGCAUUUGUGCCGCAGGAUUUGGGAGCUGUUGACUCUAAGUUAACCGAUGAUGAGUAUGCUAGCACGCGUCCUACCAUUAUCUUCUUCCAUGCCAAUGCGGGGAAUCUUGGCCAUCGCCUGCCUCUUGCAAGAGUAUUCUAUGCCAGGAUGCGAUGCAAUGUGCUGAUGCUGUCUUACAGAGGAUAUGGCCGCAGUGAAGGAUAUCCAACAGAACAAGGUAUUCGCCUUGACGCACAAGCCACACUUGAUUAUCUGCGUACACACCCCUUACUGCAUUCGACUCAAGUGAUCCUCUACGGCCAAUCGCUUGGUGGUGCUGUUUGCAUAGACUUAGCAAGCCGGAACCCUGAAGAGAUACAUGCUAUCAUUUUGGAGAAUACUUUCCAGUCUGUGUCCCAUGUGGCGCGGAAAGUCAUGCCUUGGGUAACCCCUUUCCUCUUUCUCUGCACAGAGAAGUGGCGAAGUGAGGAAUCACUGAAGAAAAUCCCCGCAAUCAUACAUAUGCUCUUCAUGAGCGGUCUCAAGGAUGAGCUUGUCCCACCAGAACAGAUGAAGGCACUCUGGGAGAUUGCUCGAAGAGACGUGAAAGGCCUAAGCAAGAGGCAGUGGGAAGAGUUCCCGGGAGGUACGCACAAUGAUACAUAUGUCCAGCCAGAGUACUGGAGCAAGGUGAAAGAAUUUAUUGAGAGUGUCACGUCGGAGCAGGUGCCCGAGAAAUCAAGCUGAGCAGUGGACAGUUUGCAGUUCGGAAAUGUGCAGUUUAACCCAGGGAUGGGGUUAUUCAGCGAGUGGUUGUUAACCCCAGCUUCGUUGUCACAUCAGAAGUGGUCUUUGAAGCACAUCAAUGGGAGAGCGGCGAGGGUUAUGGGUAACUUGUGCAGUAGACAUCCCCUAUAAAGCUUGAGACAUGAGUCAGUUGGC